AUAUUAUUAAAAAUGGACAAAGAGGCGGGAGAGGGAGAAAAUAAGGUAAGAAUUCACAGUGACAGAGACACAGAGGAGAAUUUUAUUACUGUUAGUGGGGAUAAAAAUGAAGCAGUCUCAGCUGAAAUGCCCACAUCAGACCCUGAAGAAAAGCACUGUGACAGCGGGAAAGUCACAGAAGAGUUCUCUGCUGAAGAGGCCGCCACUUUUGAACCAGAAGCCAAAAGUGAAGAUGAGCUCUGCACUGAGUUUGAUGUGAUGAUUAAAGUCAAAGAACAGCCACUGUGCCACGAAGAAAGUGUGGUUUCUGAGAUGAACAGCACUUACCACGAUGACGCUCUGAAGCUACAUCCUGAGACUCAGGACACGGAGAUCUCCAGCCCUCUACACCACGAAGAUGAAGAGGCUGAAAAAGAGGGAGCCACAUCUGCAUGUGCACAAAAACUAAACAUAAAGUACAAAGAAUAUAGACAGCUCCUCCAGGAGGUGUGCAACGAGCGAGAUAAGGCCAGGCAUAACAGCAGCCAGCUGCAGAUGAAACUGGCACAAUACUUCAAGAAGGCUGGGGACAGUGUCCAGCUGGAGGGUGAGAAGCCUGUGUCAGAGCACCUGCAGGAGUACGAGAGGUACAUCAACACCCUGACUGACCUGAAGCAGCAGCUCCGUGCUGAAUCAGAGGCAGCCCAGCGUCAGGCAGAGGACCUGAGGCUACAGUCCCAGGAGCAGCUGGGCAAGGUGGAAGAUGAAUGGCGAGCACUGAUGGCACUGAAACAGGAUACAGCUGUGAAGAUGCUAAGCAGACGCCAGGGUAAAGAAGCAGCUCGGGCCAAAGUGGAGGCGUCUCUGCGAGCUGAACAGCUUCGGCAGGAUGAGCUGAUCAAACUGCGGCUGAAGCACAUCAAGUUGAAUAUGAAGAUUUGCAAGCUGGAGGCAGAGCUCCGCCGUGGGGAGGAACAUGACAGGGACCCCAUACAGAUCCAGUUUGAGCAGCUGCAGGCUGAGAAGCUAGAGCAGAAAAAACAAGCCGAAAAGCAGCACGAGGGAUCAGUAAAGCUGCAGAAGAAGAUCAGCAGUAGCUUGGAGUGCCUGUCACAUAUAAAGGAGAAGCUGCGCUGGUGCCAGAUGGAGGUCAAGGUGAAGAGAGAGCAACUGACUGAGGUGGAGGCCGUGGUGGCUGGGAAGAGGGACCACCUAACCAGGGUCAAGCAAGAAAACAGUCGCCUGCACAGACAAAACCUGAGGUUGAAGGAGCAGCGUGGGCUGCUGGGCAACAGGGUCCUGCUGCAGGACUUUGAGGAUACUGUGAAUGCCUCUGACCAACUGGAGGAACAACUAGAACAUCUGAAGUGCCGGCAAGCCGAGAUCCUCUUCAGCUGUGGCGGGUGGAAGAGUCAAUAAUGACUAAAACUUUAUCUCAGGUUUCAAAAAGCUAUGAAAAAAAUGAGAAAAGAACACAUGUAGCUGACAAGGAGCUACCAGGAAUGAGAACGAGCACUAGCCUUUACAGUUUGAUUCAGUGUAGUGUCUCACUGUAAACUAAGCCUGCGUGCAGUAAAACUUGGAAAACCAUAAUCUGGAUAAGAAGUCAUGGUCGGAAUUCCAUGCAUCCUCUCA